AUGUCGGAGAGCGGAUCGGAUGAACUGGAUCCCAACGCCAUCAAGAAACCUGACCAUGGGGACCCCAGCACCGAAUUAGCAGGAUCAUCUAGAACCGUUCUUGAGAGCCAAGAAGAAGAGCUGAGGAAUUUGCGUCAAGUCAUGUCGGGAAAGAAGCGUUCAAUAACCGUACAAAUCAAGAACAUUGAGAGGGAUUUGGUGUCAGAUCCACUUCCCAGUCGCACUGCAUUAAAAUAUCAACUCGAAUCAUUAAAGAAAACCCUAUCGGAAUUGAAGACAGCGGCCGGACAAGUUCUUCAGACGGAUUUGUCUGAUCCAGAUCGGGACGGAAUUGAGACGUACUUAGCCAAUGAGGAGCGUCGGAUUAACAUCUGCUUGGGCACCACUGUGGAGCAUAUAGAGGCUAGAGCAGACGAAGCGACGACGAUUAUUACGUCCAGAAACCCAGGUUUGCGUCGAUUUCAAGAUGAAGAACGAGCCAGACUCAAUCGAAUCCGAGAUCAAAAAGCCGCUCAGAUCGGACGUCUGGAACGAGAAAACGAAGAAAUCAGAAGCAAGAUGGAGUCAUUGGAACUUGGUCCGCGGGCUAUGGAGUUUGACAGUUGCUUACCGCCAAGACCGAUAGUCAUGACCAACUGGAUGUCCCAACCUUCUUCAGAGACGGGGCCGAGUGGAGGAAAAAGCACGAUCAGAAGUGAGAUGCCCGUAUUCUCUGGGAAGCCGCUCGAAUUCACGAACUGGUCAAACCUCUUCCAAUCACUCGUUCACACAACAAAUAAAUCACCGGCGGAAAAGAUGGGUCUCCUUCGCAUGAGUUUAAGUCCAAGUUGUCAGCAGCUCAUAGCUGGAUUUUCGAAUAAUGAGCAAGAUUAUCAUGAGGCUCUACGACUCAUUCACAAGCGAUUUGGGCAUGAAAAGCUCCUUCAACGUGCCCAUCUUCAAGCAAUCCGAGACAUACCCAAGGUUGCUUCCAACGAUCCGUCAAGCUUUUCUACCUUUGCCGAUUCCCUCCAAGGUCAUUUGAGAGUGGUGAAUAGAUUAUAUCCCCGUGGAGAUGGCAUGUUGUUAUCCCUCAUGUUUGAUUUGGAGCAUAAGCUGGACGAAGGGAGCUUCCUUCGGUGGCGGGAUUUCAGUGGAAAGGUGGAUGAAACCGAUCGCAUCCAUGCAUUUGGCGAAUGGAGCAUGGACUACGCGGAAGAACUACGCUAUUUCCACUCGGAGAAGGAGGUGAUCCCGAUAUCCUCGAAGAAACAGGGUUCCUUCCAUGUCUUGGAUUCCCAGGUUAGGGUGGUGUGUAGGAUCUGCAGGGAGCCUCACAAAGAACGGCACUGUCAAAAAUUCAAGAAUGCCUCGAAUUCACAACGUCGAGAAAUGGCCAGAAAUUUCGGCAUGUGCUUCCUAUGUCUGGAGGUUGGCCAUAGGGCCUGGGUUUGCCCGAGGAAAAAAGAAAUGUCCUGCCACAGGGAUGGUUGUGGCCGUGGCCACCAUAUGUGGUUGCACGAAGAGGACCGUGGGGAAGAGCAUAGCGCAACUUCCAAGAAUAGCUCCCCCAUAACAUCCAACGUCAAUUCCGUUAAUUUUGAAGCAAGAUUAGGGAUUAUUCCUGUGACCUUGUAUCACAAAGGGAACAAAAUCAUGGUCAGCGCCCUCGUCGAUGAGGGUUCAGACACCUCGUUGGUGAGUGAUGAGGUGAGGAAGAAGUUGAAAAUCCCAAGACCAUCUCAGUUUGAGGUCACGAUGAAUCUCGUCUCAGAAAAGGCAAAAUUCAGGUCUGGAGCAAUAACCUUAGAAAUCUCUGGAUCUGAUAGUGCUCGCCAUGCAUUGGUGGCCAUGACAAUGCCCACUGUCUGUAAGAAUUUGCGAGCUUUCUCAUGGAGCGGAAUCCAGAAGAAGGUGCGUCACCUCUGUGACUUACCAAUUGUUGAAAAUGAUCGAAAGGUGGAAAUUCUGAUAGGAGCGGACCACCUGCAUCUGAUAUCGCCUCAAGAAAUCAGAAGAGGAUCUGAGACCGAACCGCAAGCGUUCCGUUGCUCUCUUGGAUGGGUUAUUCGCGGAAGGUUGCCGAUAAACACCAAACGAGAACCGAUCAUCCAAAGCAAUUUUGCUGUUACUGAGUCUGGAACUCUUGAGGAACAAGUUCGACGGUUUAUGGAAUCGGAACGAUUUGGAUCGGAAGGGGUCAAAGAUCGAGGACCCAUUUGGUCCCAAGAGGAGGCUUUUGCCAUGAAACUUAUUGAAGAACAGACAUUUAAACUAAAUGAUGAACCUGGUUAUUGCGUGAGCCUUCCGUGGAAGUCGACUUUUAAGCCCCAGAAUGAUCAAGAGAUUGCCAUGAGAAGAUUUCGAUCCCUUCAAAGAAAGAUGAGCAAAUCUCACGAAUUUGCCGAAGAUUAUAUCAAAGCGAUCCAAACGUAUUUGGAGAGCGGAUAUGCCAAGAAAGUGAUGGACGAAGUGGAAAAAAAUCACCUAGAACAACGAUGGUUACCUCAUCACGGGGUCUACAAGGAUCCGACCAAACGAAAAUUGAGAGUUGUGUUCGAUUCCGCAGCAAAAUAUUCGGGCCUCUCCUUAAACGAUUGUCUUUUCACCGGGCCUACGCUUCAGAAUGAGUUGAUACUACUGUUGCUCGGGUUUCGGGAAUACCCCGUGGCAGUGACGGCCGAUAUCGAGGCUAUGUAUAGCAGGAUCUUUAUGAAUCAGGAAGACGCAAGAUUCCAUCGUUUUCUCUGGACAGAAGACGUGGCAGGCCAACCCGAACUCUAUGAGAUGACAAGGGUCGUUUUUGGAGAUUCGCCUUCGCCGUGUCAGGCCAUACACGUACUCCAGCGAACCGUUGAAGAUUUUGGGACUCCACGGUUGUUGGAAGUGGUCCAAAACCGGUUUUAUAUGGACGACUUUCUCAACAGUUACAAGUCUGAAAUGGAGGCUAUUCGAACUGGGAAAGAUUUAACGCGAGUGCUCCGGAAUGGCAACUUCAAUCUCGCGAAAUGGGUUUCAAAUUCAAUUGAUGUCGUUCAAGAAAUACGGGAAACUGCUCCAAGACCUCGGGAGGAUAUGGAUGAAACCGAGCAAAGACCAUCUGGUAUCAGUUUGGGACAUGUGGAAGGAAAGGUUUUGGUUCUGCCUCAAGAGUGGCGAUAUGUACCGGGAGAACAGAAUCCGGCGGAUUACGCAACUCGAUCUCAACUCCAAGACCAAGCGAUUGCACAGGAUUGGAUUGAUGGUCCUAGGUUCUUGUGCCAAGUCGAAAACAUGUGGCCCAAGGACUUAAAUGUUCCAAAGAAUCUAGAUGAAAUCAAAAAAGAUUUCCAAAAUUUCCAAGUGUCCUCAGAAAGGUCGGACGGUAAUGUAGGAUGGUUUGAGGGAAUCAAGGAUCUCAAAGCGGCUGAGAGAAAGCUUCUAGAGGAGGUUGGAGAUGAAUCUAACAUCUCUGAGAUUCUCAUCAAGAGGAGCCAAAGAGAAUCCUUCCCCUUAGAACUGGAAGCCUUAUCAAGAAAUAUCCCAUUACCCAAGACAUCAAGAAUUCUGGCCUUAACCCCUUUCCUCGACCCCAAGGGAAUCGCUCGAACUCACGUCACCCAUUCACUAACCUCAUGUUGGAUUUCGAACAUCAAAAUUCCAAUCACCCAGGAGUAA